AUGUAAUGGCUUGGACCGAUCGUUCGGCAACGUCGAGGACAUGUUGGGCCGUCUGAGAGGCCUCUUGGGGCCCUCUUGGCCCGCCGCUGGGCCCGGAAAAGCCAUGCAGCAAGACGCCCACGGCGCGCCGGGAGACCCGGGAGAUUUGACAAUUUCGGGUCUGGGCCUGCAGGAAGGAUUGAGGAUUGAGGCUUGAGGGGAUUGAACAGCCAGGGACUUCAGGACGCUCUGACUCGUGCCUCGCAGGCACGGCGGCGGAUUAUUCGGUGCGGUCUGUUCGGCCCUUGGCUGGUGGCGUACUGUCGGAGGGCCGCCGCAGGGGCGUAGUCGGAGCGGCGCGGCCUUUGCCUCACCGAUCGCUGCGUUUGAAGUCGGGCGUGCGGCGGGCAGUGCUGCCAUGGCAGGCACAGAAGUAGCCUCGGGAGUCAAUCGCUUAGGGCUCAUGCUGCUCUCGUCGUUGCAUAAGACAAGCGACGCCGGCGGGAUAUUCAUAUCCCCCCUCAGUAUCAGCAGUGCUCUGGGCAUGGUGGCCUUGGGUGCCACGCCAAAUGGUACGGCCAAACAUGAGAUCCUUGCUGCUUGGGGGCUAAGUGCCAGCAAGGCCGAUGGAUUCUUACAGGGACUUCAUAGCAGGACGACCGACUUAAUGAUUGUCAAGAAGGGCGUUCAGGUGCUCAAUGCCAACAGUAUUUGGUGCAGUGCUUCGAUCAAGACUGAUUUCAUUGCCGCGGCACAGGACGCGUUCGAUGCAGAGGCGAGGACAUUGCCAAGCAGCCCCGCUCCCAUCAACGAGUGGUGCGGUAAAGCUACUCAUGGCAUGAUCCCUUCGAUCAUCAGCAGUAUAGACCCGUUGACGGUCGCCGUGUUGGUCAAUGCCGUGUAUUUCAAGGGCAUGUGGGCGAAGCAGUUCGAUUCGGCUCUCACCUCUCCUGGGACGUUCCGCUCUGCAUCGAAGGGGCCGCUUCCCUGCGCAAUGAUGAAGCGCACCGAUAAGCACAUGCGCUACGCCGAGGGCGCCGACUUUCAGGUCGUCGAGCUGCCGUAUGGCUCGGGGGGACAAGACGAUGGUAUGUCUGCUGUCGUGGUCCUCCCCAGAGAGGGCACCGCACUUCCAGACAUCGUGGAGCGGCUAGGUAACCCUGGAGGAGUGGAGUCCCUGGCUGAAAUGUUGGAGCAGCUGCAGCGGUCGCAUGUGUCCCUGCAACUCCCUCGUUUCAAGCUGGAGUUUGGCGUCCAUGACCUGAAGCCCGAGCUGCGAUCUACCUUUGGCAUGUCCCGCGUGUUCGAUGGGACUGGCGAGUUUCAGGGCAUGUCCGAUGACCCUGAGCUGUAUUUGUCGUCGGUAUUUCACAAGGCUGUGGUUGAAGUGACUGAGGAGGGUACCAAGGCCUCGGCAGCCACAGCUGGUGUCAUGAUGACCAGAGCCGCCGUCGUCUUCGAUCCUCCGCAGCCGAUGGUUGUGGAUCGCCCUUUCCUCUUUCUGAUUCGCGAGGUGUCUACAGGAAUGCUGCUGUUUGCUGGUACUGUAGAGAACCCCGACUUGGAAAUUUAG